ACCUCGUCGUGUCGGUCAGAAGAAAGCUACAGAGUGCUAGCAGUGCUAGCAUGGUCGUUGAGCCGCCGGGGCAAGGUCGCUAGUAGGACAGGAGCAUCUGCCUCUACCCUUUCAUCGACCAGUCGUUUAUUUAUUUGUCGACAUCGUACAAACAGGCGAAGUCAAGCUGUUUUUAAAUUCUCUGGAUUUUAAAGAAAGACACGUAGCUAGCUAGCGAUUUAGCGAGCUAGCUCCAAGUUUCGUUCAGUGUCAUCUUCUCCGUCUGAACAUCUACAGUCAUGGCUGCGCUCAGAGCGUCCUAUCACAGGAUCCUGGACAGGAUCGAGCACAUACUGCCCGCCAAACUGAGACCUAUCUACAACCACCCGGCAGGUCCUAAAACCGUUUUCUUCUGGGCCCCAGUGUUUAAAUGGGGUUUGGUUGUAGCUGGUUUGGCUGACAUGACUCGACCAGCAGAAAAACUCAGUACCUCCCAGUCUGCAGUGCUGACAGCCACAGGGCUCAUCUGGUCCAGAUACUCGUUGGUCAUAAUCCCGAAGAACUGGAACCUGUUUGCUGUCAACUUCUUUGUCGGCAGCGCGGGAGCCUCCCAGCUCUACAGGAUCUGGAGGUACGAGCAGGAUAAGAAGGCACAGGCUAAAGAGGCCGCAGAGUCCUGAGGGCCUUUCUUUUGCCAGCGCUCCACCUGCAGUGGACUGAAAGGGAGACCUCACACCAGGCACCAACCUGCCCCUUCUCAUCAUCUCAUGUUGUCUCCAUAACAUUCAUGCCAUAACCGUUAUCCUACCACAUUAAGCCUGUUGUCCCUGUUGGAAAUGAGCACUUUUCCUUAAGUUUCAAAUUUCCUCAGGAUCUUAAAAAACAAACUCACACACAUGCACACAAGAAUGGUGGUCAUCAACGCACAAGUACUACUUGUUCAACCAAUUGUAUGAUUGUAUAGUUUGUUCAUGCUUUAUAUAUCAUGCACUAAUUGGGAAUUUUUGCUUUUUCCAUCGUUUUUCAGGUGUAGCAAAUAGGUACCUCAUGCAAUAAUUUCCCAAAAGAUGAUUUGUGUUGAACGUGGUUUAAAGAAUGUUUCCAAAUGAAAUGAAGAACGAUGCCAUCACAUUUAUCUCUUCAUUUACAUAUUUAUAAUUUGGUUACAGUCACAGCAUCUGUACCUCGGCGAUUAUUAAACAAUUAUUGAUUACCAUGUAACAAUUCCUUCCAUUUGUAUAGCUUUAAGUAUUUUAAUCUGUGUGAGAACAAAUCCUAAUUUAUGAAUCACUUGAUAAAAAUUUUCUCUUGUAGUCAAAACUGUAUAGAAAGAUGCUGUUAUUUGCUGAUAAUCAUUCAGGAAUACUUACACCAAUGCCACAUAUUUAACCUGUGCAGCUUUUUAUUGAUUGUUACCACAGAGUCAACUAGUAAACACCUAUACUGAAGCGCCAGCUCUGACUGUUUAAUAUCAAAGCCACGCUGUUGAUACCUCUUUGGUUUAGAAAGGUGUUUUAUGUUUUUCUGUGUACUUUCUUUGACAUGUUCCUUCUGUUGUUACACAUAAUGAUCCCCUGACGAUUUUAGCAAUAACUGGUGUCAUCAUUUUUAAAUAAUUCUUGAUCUGCUGACUGUUUGAACAAAUGGCACUUUGACGGUUGAUCGUUACGGCUCUGUGGCUAAAUAAUGGUUAUGUACUGCUAAUAAAUCCUGUUAAACACC